AUGUGCAUCCCAAGACCCGCACUGCCCCCGUGCCCACACCACACCUCUCCUGUAAAGAAAUGCUGCCUACCAGGCCAGAAUCGCUGUGAACCAAGGAGGAGGGAAGUCGCUAAAGGCCAAGCCCCAGGCACUGUGGAGGCUGAGGGAUGCCUAGCGGCGCAAGUUACACAGUUUAUCUUUUACCCACAUGUGUAUUUAUUACAGGCAUCCAACUGCCGCACAAGUUCAGGCCAAUGGAAGAAAAGAGCAUCGAAAUUGAAUGAAACCCAAAAGCAAGAAAUUAAAGAGGGCUUUGAUUUAUUCGAUGUUGAUGGGUCUGGAACCAGAGAUGUGAAAGAAUUGAAGAUUGCAAUGCGGGCCUUAGGAUUUGAACCAAAGAAAGAAGAAAUUUAAAAAAUGAUAGCUGAAAUUGACAAAGAAGGAAUCGGCACCAUUAGUUUUGAAGAUUUUUUGACAAUAAUGAGUGUAAAAAUGUAUAGUAGUGAUUUUAGUGAAAAAGAUGAAAAAGAAGAAAUAUUGAAGGCUUUCAAAUUAUUUGAUGAUGAUAAUACAGGAAGUAUAUCACUAAACAAUAUCAAGAGGGUUGCUAAGGAACUAGGGGAAAAUUUGACAGAUGAUGAACCUCAGGAAGUGCUUGAUGAAGCUGAUCAUGAUGGGGAUGGAGAAAUAAAUGAGGAAGAAUUUUUGAGAAUGAUGCAAAAGACCACUCUUUAUUAAUACUGUUUUUUGUUCCUUCUGGAAAGUUGUUAACAAGUUUGUAUUUGUUAUAAGUUCCAUAAUAUCUGUAUGUAUUCAUUUUCAGUGUUUAGUUUAUGUACACAAACUGGUCUCUUGAUAUCUA